AUGAUUGUUUCAUUUUCAGAUUCCAGCAGAAUCCGUCUUGCCGAAGGUUCCGGUCCAAACGAGGGACGUGUGGAAGUCCGGCCGGCCGACAGUUCCAGAUGGGGCACAGUCUGUCACAACGGUUUCGACUUGAAGGAUGCAGAAGUUGUCUGCAGGAUGCUGGGCUACGCGAAUGUCUAUCGAGUGCGCCCUAAUGCCUAUUUUGGCGAAGGAACGGGACCGAUCUACCUAGAGGACCUACAAUGUGAUGGGACAGAGAGUAGCCUGUUUAACUGCUCGCACAGGGGAUGGUGGGUUCAUGACUGUAAGCAUGGUGAUGACGUCGGCGUUGUUUGCGGUACGUACAUUGAACAUUUGGUAAUAUGUUACCAUUUCAACGUCGAUUCCAGAAUCCGUCUUGUCGGAGGUUCCAGUCAGAGUGAAGGACGUGUGGAAGUCCGACCGGCCGACAGUAUGACCUGGGGCACAGUUUGUCACAACCAGUUUGACAUGAAGGAUGCAGACGUUGUUUGCAAAAUGCUUGGCUACCCAAGUGCUCAACAAGUUCGUAACAAUGCGUAUUUUGGCCCAGGAAGAGGGCCAAUCUUCAUGGAUGACCUGCAUUGUAAUGGGGACGAGACUAGCCUGUUCAACUGCUCGUACCCAGGAUGGAUGAUUCACGAUCUAAACUGUAGGUACGACCAAGCUGCAGGCGUGGAGUGUACAGGAGAACCUUUCCUGUUGGUUUCUACCUUAUUCGAUGGAACAUUUCAAAUUGAAAUCAAGGACGGGUCAAAGGUCAAUGCGUUAUCGUUGUCGCCAUUGUCACUGGACUACGACCCUAUGACUGACUUCAUGUACUGGGCGGAAUAUGGAAGCAUCGGGCGGGCUCGUCGUGAUGGAAGUAACACAGAGACCAUUGUGGAGUUGCGAGGCUACACUUACACGUGCAGCAGAUUGGACCAUGCUGGUGGGAAUGUGUACUGGAGUGACAUUGGCGGACACAUCUCAGUAGCCCGGAAGGACGGAUCGUUUGUCAGGACACUUCUGACAUCACAAGGCACUCUUAAGCAGCUGGUCCUGGAUCCCAGAAACGGGUGA